UACGAUUUAUUGAUUUCUUUCUGACAGAGAAUUUGGCACAUCUCUUCAAUCUAGUCAUUCAGUCAUUCCUUUUAAAUCGCGAUGGUACGCGUUGCUCUUCUAGUGACCGUUCUGGCGGCCCUGUGUUACACGAGCCAGGCUUAUAACUCGGCUCGUAUCCCGGCUCAAGUUGAAAAUACAGAAUUGCGCAAGGAAAUCUCUGAUCAGAUACAACAAAUACUUGACCUUAUUCCUAAGGGAGACAAAUUUGAGGAUUUCAAGAACAAAUUCACGAAAAGUUUCGAACCAUUUGUCGACGAGGUCAAGAAAAGAAAAACGAUCGCCGUAAACGUAUUCGAGAAAGCUAAAGAAAAUGCCAAGAACGAUUUACAAGAAGGAAAGAAAAAUAUAAACCAAGUUCUCGAAAAGCUCAAGAAUGUGGAAAAAGAAAUCGUGACAAAUUAUCAGUAUGCGCUGAAUGAUAGAAUUCAGAACAUUAAGGACACCUUCGGGGAGUUAAACAAGGAGGAAUUGAAACAGAAACUGCAAGACAAUUUGACAAACAGCUCGAAGGAGAUUAUGGAUAAUGCCGAUGAGGUCAAGAAAUUUGAAGAAAAUGUAGACGAAAUCCUGGAGAAGAGUGAUAAAGAGUUGAAAAACAUUCUGGAUAAAUCCUUUGAUAAAUUAAAAGAAGCAAUAGAGAAUGUCAAAGACGAGGCCGGUAAGGUAAAGAGAUCGGUCGAUGUUAUAAGGAAUAGACGACAGACAGAAGACGUAGGAACGCUCUUGGACAACUUCUUGAACAAAGGGAGGAACGCUGUCAAGAAUAUCGUAGAUAACAUACAAAAGUUGCUGGAAAACGGAUUGCCAAUAGGAAAGGCAAUAAAAAAAUAUGUUAAAGAAAAUACUGAAGAAGAUACUGAAGAUGAUACUGAAAGUUAAUUAAUUCUUUCUCUCGGUUGCGAUAUCAGAAACAACUCUUAUUACCUUGAUUAUAUUCAAAAUUAAUGUGUUCUUGGGAGAAGUCAAACUGGAGUUUCAAUUU